AUGCUCCAACAACAACUCAACCUAGAUCCUUCAUCCACCGCAACAACAGUCGAAGACUUUGUCGUUCACGAAGACACACCCAUCGUUUACGGACCCACCGAUGACAUUUUCAAUAACCACAUGGCUCAAACCUUCUUCUAUCCUCCUUCUCCAAAACCUUUCAAUGAACCAUCCGAACCAUCUUCUCUUGAAGACUCUUCUAACGCAAAGAAGAGAAAACUCUCCAUGAUGAUGACGAAAAACACCAUAUCCCAACAAGAUCAAGAGAAUACGAUCAAUCAUUCAUCACGAUUGAGCAUUUCAAAUAUGAAUCAUCACUCUCUGAAUGUUUCGAAUUGCUCCUCAUCGACCAAUGGCGGCCAUCGUCGAUUAAGCCUCGCUUCACGAAAGAGCCUCUCACGACGUGCAUCCAUUUCCUCUAACCAAUCUAGUGUACAAAACCUCUCGUCUUUAUCCUCAAAUUCUAAACCAAAGGCGAAACCUUCUCUUCCCAAUUCACGUAGUCAUACUACUCAAAAAGAAUCCAACCACUCUUCGAAAAAGAAUUCAACUCUAGAAACAACUAGUCGUUCAACACCAUCUCCAACAGGUUUGGAUGCACAACAAGAGCUCAAUAAUUCCACUCAUUCUUCACAAUCAUCACACUCUUCGUCAGAGGCUGAGAAGAUUGCUCAACAACAACUUCAACUGUUCCAAGAACAAAUGUUCUUUAUGGAACAAGGUAUUUUGGAGAGAGAUCGAAUCUUGGCAGAGUUGCAACAAGAGAAUCAAUACCUCAGAGAAGCUAUUAAUCAAAUGAACAAUGCCACUCAGGACGUGUUAAAACAGAAAGCAUUGUUGGAAAAGGAAAAGAAAAAGAAUCAUUACCUUGCCGAAAAUACAGAACUCAAGAAAAAACAUGCAAAACUCGAAGAAAGGAUCAAAAAACUCACUGCAGAAAAGUCAGAUCUCUCUAAAAACUAUCAAACACUCGAUAAGGAGGUUAAGGAGUUGAAAAAGAAGAGCAUGAAGUAUGAUGCUCAUCAAGAGAAGAUUAUGAAUCAAAACAAACUGUUGAAAGAUGUAGAAAAGCUCACCUCUGAAUUGGAAGACAUUAAAAGGAUGCUUGAAACUGAACAACAGACAGCAAACAAAUACAGAGAACUAAACGAACAGCUUACAAGAGAAGUUGAAGAAAAGAAGACUCAUCUGUCCGCAUUCAUUGUAGAGUAUCAAACAGCCACGAAUCAUGUCAAAAUGUUGGAAUCUACAGUGGAACAGCUUGACACUCAAAACAAACAAUUAAUUUCUGAAAUUGACCACAAACAAGCUGAUAUUAAUCAAUUAAGCGAAGAGGUGUCCAAAGUACAAGAGAUUUCCUCCAUUUGCAAGUCACAGCUGGAAGAAAAGACAAUACUCAUUGAGAAUAUGACACGUGACAUUAAUCAUGUGACAACCAAGUUAGAAACUACUUUCCAACAAUAUGAAGAAGCACAAACGAGAGUCAAGGAUUUGACUGAAGAACUCGAGCAAACACAAGAUCAACUUCAAACAGCCAUUCGAGACAAUCAAGAAAAACAAACUCAAAUUAAUAUUUACGAAGAGGAAAUCAAACGACUCAAGAACAAGGAAGAUGAACUCUCUAUAUUACAAACAGUCUUGAUGAGUGAGAAACAACAAAACUCUGAUCUUAAAGAAUCAAAUCAAAAACUCAAUUCCUUAAUUGACACUUACAAACUCAAAAACGAUCAACUCGAAUCCACUGCUCAACAACUCCGACAUGAAAUUCAAGAGUUAAACUUAUCUAUUGAACAAUUAAUAUCCAAACCAGUUCCACAAACCAAUACCUAUGCUCUGGACGAGAAGAUCUCCUCUCUCGAAACAGAAAUUGAUCUUUUAAAGAGUAAACUCGAGAAGAGUGACACAAAGAACAAGAAACAUGAAUCAACCAUUGAACAUCUCACCAAACAAAACGAAUUCCUAAAAAGCAGUGUUGACGAUAUGAAAUUACUCAAAGACAAGAUUGAACAAUUAGAAUCCUCCAAUGUACUUCUCAAACGAGCCAAUGAAAAUUAUCAUGCCAUGAUUUAUGAACAAAAGAGGCCAUCCAACAUGCAACAACAUGCAGCCAUCACUCAGGAACAAUUAAACGCACUUUUGGAAACGAUUGAAGAAAGCAAGGCCAAGAUGGAACAAUUAACAGAAGAAAAUUUACAAUGUAAAAGUGAAUUACUACGUUUUGAACAAGAUUUUGCAGAAAUGGAGAAACAUUUACGAGAAUUGGAAGAUGAAAAACAUGAGCUCAUUAAGAAUACGUAUAAUAAGGAUGUGUUGAAAUUGGAAAAGGAAAAUCUUGAUUUGAGAAAGUACAAGAAUCUCUAUCUUCAACAUCAACAAUAA